AUGGGCAGAGCCAUGGGGCUGGCUGGGCUGCUGCUCGGGCUCGUCGUGGUGCCCGCCGUGCUGGUGAGCACCGGCCUCCGCCACGGCGCCCCGCGGACCGAGGCCGAGGCGGAGCCGUCCAGCUGGGAGCUGGCGGCAGACGCCGUCCCCGAGGACUCGCUGUGGCCGAUGCCGCAGUGGGUCCGCACGUACCCUCGCCAGCUGCAGCUAGCGCCCAGCCGCUUCCAGCUGGUGCACGGCGCCGGCUCCUCGGCGGGGCCGGGCUGCGGGCUGCUGCAGGACGCCUUCCGCAGGUAUUACGAGUACAUGUUCGGGCAUUCCCGGCGGCGGACGCGGGGCCGCAGGCCGCUGGCUGCCCGAGGGGAGCCCGAGCUGUUCCAGCUGCAGGUGGUGAUCGAGGCGGGGGACCCUGGCUGUGACAGGCACCCGCACCUCGCCUCCAGCGAGGCCUACCAUUUAACUGUAACUGAGCCUGUGGCUGUACUGAAAGCUUCUGAGGUAUGGGGUGCUUUAAGAGGUCUGGAAACCUUCAGCCAGUUGGUUCAUGAAGAUGACUAUGGAAGCUUUCUCGUCAAUGAAUCUGAAAUCAAUGACUUCCCAAGAUUUGCUCAUAGAGGAGUCUUAUUGGAUACUUCAAGGCAUUAUUUACCAUUGAAAUCUAUUCUUACAAACCUGGAUGCCAUGGCUUUUAAUAAGUUCAAUGUUCUCCACUGGCAUAUAGUAGAUGAUCAGUCCUUCCCUUACCAGAGCAUUUAUUUCCCUGAAUUAAGUGAUAAGGGGGCAUACUCCUCUAAUCUCAUCUAUACUCCUACUGAUGUUCGUCUGGUGAUUGAGUAUGCCCGGUUAAGAGGCAUCAGAGUUAUCCCAGAGUUUGACACACCAGGACAUACACAGUCUUGGGGGAAAGGUCAAAAAGAUCUUCUCACUCCUUGUUACAAUGGAGGACAGCCAACUGGGUCCUUUGGACCUGUAAAUCCUGUUUGGAAUACAACUUAUGACUUCAUGGCUAAGUUCUUUAAAGAGAUCAGCAGUGUAUUUCCAGAUGAAUUCAUUCAUUUGGGAGGAGAUGAAGUGGACUUCAGUUGUUGGAAAUCUAACCCUGAAGUGAAAGAGUUCAUGAAGAAGCAAGGUUUCGGCACUGACUAUGCUAAACUGGAGUCUUACUAUGUUCAGAACAUUUUGGACAUUGUUUCCUCCUACAACAAAGGACAAAUGGUCUGGCAAGAAGUGUUUGAUCACAAAGCGCAGCUGAAGCCAGACACCGUAGUUCAAGUGUGGAUGGCAAAUAACUACGCUCAUGAACUAAGCAGUGUCACUGGAGCUGGGUUCACUGCUGUCCUGUCAGCACCCUGGUACUUAGACUACAUUAGUUAUGGGCAAGACUGGAAGAAAUACUACAGUGUUGAACCACUUAACUUCCCUGGAUCUGAAAAACAGAAGAAACUUCUAAUAGGUGGAGAAGCCUGCCUGUGGGGGGAAUUUGUGGAUGCAACUAACCUGACGCCAAGAUUAUGGCCUCGAGCAAGUGCUGUUGGGGAAAGACUCUGGAGUAGCAGCAAUGUGACCAACUUGCAGGAUGCCUACAAAAGGCUAACUAAUCAUCGAUGUCGCAUGCUCCGCCGUGGCAUAGCAGCCGAACCAGUGUUUGUUGGAUACUGCACCCAUGAAGCAAGAGGGCUCUAACUGCUGCAAAGACUUCUUGUCAACAGCCUGAAGUGCCUCUGGGGUAUGAAUAUGUGCACGUGGUUUC